AUAGACAAAAUAAUCCAAAGAAUAUGAAUCAAUCUAUUUGUCUUUUGUGUCAAAUGAUUUGAAUGAUGAGUAUUGAGUUGAGAGCAGAGAGAGGGGUUUUCCAGUGAAAGCAAAAGAAUGAGAAAAGAGAUAAAUGAAAUGAAAAGGGACGAAGAGAGCCUCAAUGUUUCAGACAAAAAGCUCCCUAAAACAAAGCGCGUUGAGUCGCUUGACAUCUUUCGUGGUCUCACUGUUGCGUGAAAGCUAGCAAAAGAAAUUAAAAGCUCAAGACCAAACCACAUCUCCACCUCACAAAUAACAGUCUACCAAGAAGAAAGCUUAGAAAGGUUUUAUAAUAUUCAUUCUUGUGCCACAAGUAUGAAUCUAUGGACUAUGUAUUGCGAUUUGAUUGUGUUCAUGAGCUGCUACAUCAGCACUAUGUCUCAUUAGUUAAUGAUCUUGGUUGAUGAUGCUGGAGGGCAAUGGCCAAUGAUUGGUCAUGCGCCAUGGAAUGGCUGCAACCUUGCUGAUUUUGUUAUGCCUUUCUUCCUGUUCAUUGUGGGGAUGGCCAUUCCACUUGCUCUCAAGAGAAUACCAAAUAAACUUGUAGCUGUAAAAAAGGUGAUAGUUAGAACACUCAAACUCCUCUUCUGGGGUUUGCUCUUGCAAGGUGGUUUCUCUCAUGCUCCGGAUAAUUUAACAUAUGGAGUUGACAUGAAACACAUAAGGUGGUGUGGCAUUCUCCAGAGAAUUGCUCUAGCAUACCUGGUUGUAGCACUGGUGGAGAUAUUUUCAAGAAGUUCACAAUCUAGAGAUCAGGAACCCACCCAUCUCUCAAUAUUCAAGUUGUACUACUGGCAUUGGCUGUUGGGGGCUUGUAUACUUGUUGUUUACUUAGCUUUACUUUAUGGAAUUCAUGUUCCAGACUGGCAAUUCACUGUCCAUAACCCAGACAGCAUAUACAAUGGCACAACUUUUAUUGUGACCUGUGGUGUCAGAGGAAAACUUGAUCCCCCUUGUAAUGCUGUGGGAUAUAUUGACCGAGAGGUGCUUGGAAUUAAUCACAUGUAUAAACGUCCAGCAUGGAGGAGAUCUGAAGCUUGCACCGAGAAAUCCCCAUAUGAGGGGCCUUUUAAAAGAAAUGCUCCUUCAUGGUGUUAUGCUCCUUUCGAGCCCGAAGGAAUAUUAAGCUCAAUAUCUGCCAUCCUCUCCACAAUCAUUGGAUUGCAUUUUGGACAUGUACUCAUACAUUUACAGGAUCACCCUUCUAGGUUGAAGCAUUGGCUUCUCCUGGGCAUAGCUCUCCUUACUUCAGGACUUGUUCUUCACUUCACUCAUGCCAUUCCUUUGAACAAACAAUUGUACACACUGAGCUAUGUUUGUGUAACAUCUGGAGCAGCAGCAUUACUUUUUUCAGCCUUCUAUAUUAUGGUUGAUAUUUGGAGUUUGACAAUCCCGUUCUUGCCUUUGAAAUGGAUUGGCAUGAAUGCCAUGCUUGUUUAUGUCAUGGCAGCUGAGGGAAUCUUUGCAGGAUUUAUAAAUGGGUGGUAUUAUGAUGACCCUCAUAAUACACUGGUCUAUUGGAUACAAAAGCAUGUGUUCAUUAAAGUUUGGCAUUCAAGGAGAGUUGGCAUCCUACUGUAUGUGAUCUUUGCGGAGAUCCUAUUCUGGGCUGUCGUUGCAGGCAUUUUACACCGAUUGGGCAUAUAUUGGAAGCUUUGAAUUUUCAAAAGACCACUUUUUAUUUUUUUGUUGUUAUUAUUAUUUUAUCUGCGUAUCCAUGCUGUUGCCGAAUGUGAAUGGUUGUACAGCCAUGUCGCUAACAAAAAUAGUUAGUUGUUAAUGGUUAUUAUCGGUUUCACACCACUAAAUAAUGUAAAGGAUAAACUGCAAAGUUAAGUGCAGUUUCUCAGGAAUCAGGAUCCUUUUAUAUUUUUUUUUUCUAUUAAAUUUGAAGUUCUGUUUCAGUAA